CUCAGUCUUCUCAGUCUGACAAUUAUUUUCUUAGCAAAUAAUACAUUUUAAAAUUUAGUGACAAGCUCGACGAGGUGGAACGAGGAUUAUUAAGAGCUUAUUCUAAAUUAAUAUUUGAAAUGUUUGAAUUAUUUCCUAUAGCCGAUCCUGUGCCAUGGCCAUUCACUGGCCCUUUUUGGCCCAAUGCCACAACGAUAAUCGUGUAUUUAGUCUUUGUUCUGAAACUCGGACCAAUGCUUAUGGCAAAUCGGGAACCCUUUAAGCUGCGCGGUGUCCUUAAAGUGUACAAUAUAUUUCAGAUUAUAUUUAAUACUAUUCUGCUGUUGUGGUUUUCACACCUCAUAUUUUGGAGUGAAGCCUAUCCAAAUUUAAGCUGCAUUGUGAUGUUGCCAAUUGAUCACGAAUUGAAGAACACUGAGCGCAUAAUUCUCUACUUGUACUUUCUCAACAAAAUCCUUGAUUUGCUGGACACGGUCUUCUUUGUGCUACGGAAAAGCUAUAAACAGAUUACCUUACUGCAUCUAAUUCAUCAUGUCUAUAUGCCUACUGCCUGUCACUUCUUCAUUAGAUUAUAUGGAUACGGAGGACACCUCUUUUUAACGGGAACUCUAAACUCCUUUACACACACAGUGAUGUAUAUCUACUAUUAUCUUUCGUCUCAAAAUCCAAAUAUUAAGAAAAGUAUAUGGUGGAAACAAUACGUAACCAUUCUGCAAAUGGUUCAGUUCAUCUUAAUGUUUAGUCACAGCGUAUGGACGCUUAUGCAAAAAGACUGUGAGGUUCCCUUUCCACUGAUCUUUAUAGUAUUGUUUAUGUCAGGCCUUAUGUUAGUUAUGUUCACCAACUUUUACAUAAAAUCCUAUUUCAAGAAAAAAACUACUAAGGUUAAUUGACAAAUUAAUCGAAAUAAGUCAGAAAGCUACAGUCGGUUGCGCUCGACUGACAAUUUCAAUUAAAGCAUACCAGUGCAAAA